UUGUAGAGACAGACAUGACAAAAAGGAACGAUCUAUCUUUGUCAGAAACUUUGUUUCUGGUUCAAUCUCACUUGAGGAUGGAGCUAUUACUAUCUUGUAUUGUGCUGCAAGUCCAGAAAUUGAAGAGAAAAAUUAUCGUGGAAAGUAUUUUGAGCCAUUUGGUGACGAAAGUGAACGAUCUUCAGAUGCUCAAGAUGCAUGA